GGGGUCAGGGAUGGGGAGGUCUGUCCAGGGUCCCUCGGGUCUCCCGUACGUGCCUUUGCUGGGGGGGGGGUGCCGAAUUCUUGGAUCGGGGAUCCAGGCGUCAGGUCUCGGGGAUUUGUGUCCUGGCCACGAUGUCCUUCCCUGCCCCACCUCCCCCCGACUCUGCACCGGGGAGGAAGCGGGGCCCGCGGCUCGGGAGGGGAAGCGGCGUAAUGACAGGGACGCGGGGAACCCUGCGGGGCCUGGGAGGGAGGGGGUGCGGAGAGCACGGGCACAAACCCACGCGCGAGCACGUCCGCGCGGACCGUGGGUCGCCUGUCCUUCCCCCUCCCGCCCCCAGUUACCUAGGGAACGUUGUCUCCGCGUUCCAUCCGCUAGGGCGUUCGAAGACCUCCCCCUCCCCCAUACAGAUGACGUCAUGGUCGGUACCCACCUCCCCGCCCGCCACCACCACCCCUCCCCCCGCCACUACCCCCCGCAGCCUUCGGGGCCAGCGGCUCUCGGACAGCGCGGACGGAGAGGGAGGGGAGCGGGGAGGGAAGAACGGAGAGGGGGCGGGGCGGGCACUGCUGCAGGGCGCGGGCGGGGGGGAGCCGGGGAGGGGCCGGGCUGUGCACCUGCGCCGCUUCGGCCUCAGCCCCGGCCCGGCCCGGCCCGGCCCAGCUAUGGCCAAGCCUCAGCGGACCCCGGCGCGGAGCCCCGACAGCAUCAUCGAGGUGAAGAGCAAAUUCGAUGCUGAGUUCCGGCGCUUUGCCCUACCCCGAGCCUCGGUGGGAGGCUUCCAGGAGUUCUCCAGGCUGCUUCGAGCCGUGCACCAGAUCCCGGGCCUGGACGUGCUGCUGGGCUACACGGAUGUGCACGGGGAUCUGCUGCCCCUCACCAACGAUGACAACCUACAUCGGGCGCUGGCGAGCACGCACCCGCCCCUCCGCCUGCUCGUGCAGAAGAGGGCAGAAGCGGAUCCCACGGGCAUGGCCUUCACCUCCAACUCAUUGCAACGCCGGAAGAAGGGGCUGCUCCUCCGACCUGCAGCCCCUCAUCGGACCCGCCCCCCACUACUCAUCAGCCUUCCCCAGGACUUCCGCCAGAUCUCCUCUGUCAUCGAUGUGGACCUGCUGCCCGAGAGCCACCGGCGUGUGAAGCUACACAAACACGGCUCAGACCGCCCACUGGGCUUCUACAUCAGAGAUGGCGUCAGUGUCCGCGUGGCACCCCAGGGCCUGGAGAAGGUGCCUGGCAUCUUCAUCUCCCGCCUGGUCCGCGGAGGCCUGGCGGAGAGCACCGGGCUCCUGGCAGUCAGUGAUGAAAUCCUUGAGGUCAAUGGCAUUGAUGUGGCUGGCAAGUCACUGGACCAGGUGACAGACAUGAUGGUGGCCAACAGCCACAACCUCAUCGUCACCGUCAAGCCUGCCAACCAACGCAACAACGUGGUGCGGGCCGGGGCGGGCCGACCUCCAGGCGCUCAGCCUGCUGCCUCCCUCCCUCCUGCGGAAGCUCCUGAGCCAGACAGCGAUGAGGACAGUGACCUGGUCAUUGAGAGCCAUAGGUUGCCUGGCUACCUCUCUCCUUGCCCUAAUGGAGUGCCUCUGGCCCCCUCCCAAUGGGACUUGCGCCCCAGUCGCUCACUGCCUGGCUCUCGAGGAUCUUUACAGUCACUGGACAGUCAGGACGGGGCCAGCCCUGCCCGGGGGGGCAGUCUAAGAGAAGAUGGCAGUGGCAGCACCCUAUAGUCUGGGAUUUGGCCAGCUGGACCCUGAGGGCCACUGUCUUCCCAGCCUCUGCUUGGACCAAUGGGACAUGGGAGAACAGCUCCUGACCUCGGUGCCCCUGCUGUCUCCUUCCGGGAGAGAGUUGUCUUCCCUGCCCUACUCCCCUUGGCAGCCAGCUGGGGAGCUGCCUUUUCAGGAGCCGAGGCAGUGCCUUUGCUCGCUUGCCCCUCCCCAUCUAUGAAAUAGUAAAGCUUUUUUAGAAAACCCUGGCCCUUCUCUGCUACUAGGGAAAGCACUUUGGGGGGGGGGGGUUGGAUCACUUCCCUGCCAAAUCAGGAAUGCCCUGAGUGGGCUCUGCCCGAAGGGGCCACCACUGGCUCAGGGAGAGGAAGGGGAAGGAGUCAGGAUGUCUUGUAACCUGCACUGCCCCAAAUGUCAUGGUCUUGCCAGCUCCUCCUUCCAGCCCUCAGGCUUUGGACCUCCAUGAGAGGCUCACCUAAAGCCUGAGUGCUGAGACUAGGAUGGAAGGUCAGAAAGGGGCCUGUGACUCCCUUAGGCUGUUCUCUGUGAGCAUGGGUCCCCACAGCUGGCAAGGAUCCUGAGCUUUGGUCUAGCUUUGAGGUAUGGGAGCUUUGGGUCUAGCAAAAAUAGCUGUUCUCCUGUCACCCCCCACCACCCCAAGCUGCCUGAUAUGGCUGAGCCCCAUCUCUAUGCCUCCAUGAUCACUUAGCUUGGCAUUUCUAGAGAAGCAUGAGAAAGAUGGGAGUCAGCUUAGGAAGGCGUCAGGAGUAAUUUGGGGUCACUGCUCA